GCAGCGGACCUCCGGGUAAAGAUGGCGGAACGGGGCUACAGCUUUUCGCUGACUACAUUCAGCCCAUCUGGUAAACUUGUCCAGAUUGAAUAUGCCUUGGCUGCUGUAGCAGGAGGAGCCCCUUCAGUGGGAAUUAAAGCUGCAAAUGGUGUGGUAUUAGCAACGGAAAAGAAACAGAAGUCCAUUCUGUAUGAUGAGCGAAGUGUACACAAAGUGGAACCCAUCACCAAGCAUAUAGGCCUGGUGUACAGUGGCAUGGGCCCAGAUUACAGAGUACUUGUACACAGAGCUCGGAAGUUAGCUCAGCAGUACUAUCUGGUUUACCAAGAGCCUAUUCCCACAGCGCAGCUCGUACAAAGAGUAGCUUCUGUCAUGCAAGAAUACACCCAGUCUGGUGGUGUACGGCCAUUUGGAGUUUCUUUACUAAUUUGUGGUUGGAAUGAGGGACGACCUUAUUUAUUUCAGUCAGAUCCAUCUGGUGCUUACUUUGCCUGGAAAGCCACAGCAAUGGGAAAGAACUAUGUGAAUGGGAAGACCUUUCUGGAAAAAAGAUAUAAUGAAGACCUGGAACUUGAAGACGCCAUCCAUACAGCUAUCCUGACCCUAAAGGAAAGUUUUGAAGGACAGAUGACAGAAGAUAACAUAGAAGUUGGAAUCUGCAAUGAAGCUGGAUUUCGGAGACUGACUCCAACUGAAGUUAAGGACUACUUGGCUGCCAUAGCCUAAUAAAGACAUGACUGAACAAUCUGGGAUUUCCUCUCAUCUGUCUACGCUUAGCGUGUUUAAAGUACGUUUUGUUUUACAGGCCUUUUGCAGAAUUAUUUCUACAUGGUUUAAUGAACCUGUGUUUUUAAAGUGAUACAAAUCAUAAUAAACUGUUAAACCCAA